CAGCCGGCCGGGCUGGCGGGCGAGGGUGGACGCGCGCGCCGGGGUGAGCGGCGCCGCCGUCACCGCCGCCGCGCUGACUUUGCCCUUUAAAUCGGUCUCCAAGCCGAUUACAGCUGAUCUCCCACGUGACGUUUUACCUUCUGUCUCCCGGAGCGAAUUGCCCGAAGACAGUCCUCCGCGGGCUGCCGCGCGUCGCGCCGCCCCAGCCCGCCGCGGGGCUCCGGCUCCCGCAACUUUGGGCGAAGCGGCGGCGGGCCGGGGCGCCCUCUCGGGGCCACUUUUCCACGCGGGCGUCGGGGGCUCCUGGGGCUCCGCUCGGCCAGGAGGGCGGCGGUCGCGGCCGAGAACGUGCCCUGGCCGCAGCCAAGCGCCCCCUCGGACCCGCGCGGCGCCGCGCCCCGAAGGCCGGCAGGGUGCCCUGCGCCCUGCGUCAGACAAGGGGGCGCCCUUCGCCCGGACCGCAGCGGGCGGGCCCCGGGGCGAGCCGGCCUGGAGAUGGCUGCGAGGCACGGGUGAGCCCCCCGCGCCCUCACCAUGCAGAAGAGCGUGCGCUACAACGAGGGGCACGCCCUGUACCUGGCCUUCCUGGCCCGCAAGGAGGGCACCAAACGCGGCUUCCUGAGCAAGAAGGCAGCCGACGCGAGUCGCUGGCACGAGAAGUGGUUCGCUCUCUACCAGAAUGUGCUCUUCUACUUCGAGGGCGAGCAGAGCGGCCGCCCGGCGGGCAUGUACCUCCUGGAGGGCUGCAGCUGCGAGCGGACGCCCGCGCCGCCCAGGGCCGGAGUCGGGCCGGGAGCCGCCCGGGACGCGCUGGACAAGCAGUAUUACUUUACCGUUCUUUUUGGCCAUGAGGGUCAGAAACCUCUGGAGCUGCGCUGUGAUGAGGAGCAGGAUGGUAAAGAGUGGAUGGAGGCCAUUCACCAAGCCAGUUAUGCAGACAUUUUGAUUGAGAGGGAAGUGUUAAUGCAGAAGUACAUUCAUCUAGUUCAGAUCGUAGAGACAGAAAAAAUUGCAGCUAACCAGCUCCGGCAUCAACUUGAAGAUCAAGACACAGAAAUCGAAAGACUUAAAUCAGAGAUUGUCGCUCUUAACAAAACCAAGGAACGAAUGCGGCCUUACCAAAGCAAUCAAGAAGAUGAGGACCCAGACAUCAAGAAGAUUAAAAAGGUUCAGAGCUUCAUGAGAGGAUGGUUGUGUAGAAGGAAAUGGAAGACUAUUGUGCAGGAUUACAUUUGUUCUCCUCAUGCUGAAAGUAUGAGGAAGAGAAACCAGAUUGUGUUCACCAUGGUUGAAGCCGAGUCGGAGUAUGUUCACCAGCUCUACAUCCUGGUCAAUGGCUUCCUCCGCCCCCUGAGAAUGGCGGCCAGCUCCAAAAAGCCUCCCAUCAGCCAUGAUGAUGUCAGCAGCAUUUUUCUCAACAGUGAAACGAUCAUGUUCCUUCAUGAAAUAUUUCACCAAGGAUUGAAGGCAAGGAUAGCAAACUGGCCUACUCUAAUUUUAGCCGAUCUGUUCGAUAUUUUGCUCCCCAUGUUGAACAUUUAUCAAGAAUUUGUGCGUAACCACCAGUACAGCCUCCAAGUGCUUGCCAAUUGCAAACAAAACAGAGAUUUUGACAAACUCUUAAAGCAGUAUGAAGCCAACCCUGCCUGUGAGGGUAGGAUGCUGGAAACAUUCCUGACCUAUCCAAUGUUUCAGAUCCCUAGGUAUAUCAUCACACUUCAUGAACUCCUCGCUCAUACACCCCACGAGCAUGUGGAAAGGAAAAGUCUGGAGUUUGCUAAAUCAAAACUAGAGGAACUGUCCAGGAUAAUGCACGAUGAAGUGAGCGACACUGAAAACAUAAGGAAGAACCUUGCCAUAGAAAGAAUGAUCGUAGAGGGCUGUGAUAUUUUGCUGGACACCAGCCAGACUUUCAUCCGCCAAGGUUCUCUUAUUCAAGUACCUUCUGUUGAGAGGGGGAAACUUAGUAAAGUUCGCCUGGGUUCAUUGUCUUUGAAAAAGGAAGGAGAAAGACAGUGCUUCUUAUUUACAAAACACUUUUUAAUUUGUACGAGAAGCUCAGGAGGAAAGCUCCAUCUGCUGAAGACAGGUGGGGUUCUCUCUCUCAUAGAAUGUACGUUGAUUGAGGAGCCCGAUGCGAGUGAUGAUGACUCCAAAGGUUCUGGGCAAGUAUUUGGACAUCUGGAUUUUAAAAUAGUAGUGGAGCCUCCUGAUUCUGCCCCUUUCACUGUAGUCUUGUUAGCACCUUCACGCCAGGAGAAAGCUGCCUGGAUGAGCGACAUAAGUCAGUGUGUGGACAAUAUACGGUGUAAUGGUUUAAUGACUAUAGUAUUUGAAGAGAAUUCCAAAGUUACUGUGCCACAUAUGAUUAAGUCUGAUGCCCGUCUUCAUAAAGAUGACACUGACAUUUGCUUCAGUAAAACACUCAACUCCUGCAAAGUGCCCCAGAUCCGCUAUGCCAGUGUGGAGCGCCUCCUGGAGCGGCUGACAGACUUGCGGUUUCUUAGUAUUGAUUUCCUCAACACCUUUCUGCACACCUAUCGUAUUUUCACUACGGCAGCUGUGGUGCUGGCAAAACUUUCCGAUAUAUACAAGAGGCCUUUUACCUCCAUCCCUGUCAGGUCAUUAGAAUUGUUUUUUGCUACCAGCCAGAACAAUAGAGGUGAACAUUUGGUGGAUGGCAAAUCCCCACGCUUAUGUCGCAAAUUCUCUUCCCCACCACCACUGGCUGUGUCCAGGACGUCCUCCCCAGUGAGGGCCAGAAAGCUGUCCUUGACUUCUCCGUUGAACUCAAGGAUAGGAGCUUUGGACCUGACCACCUGCUCAGCAUCCAGCAGUCCUACCACCACCCACAGCCCUGCUGCAUCCCCACCACCGCACCCUGGCAAAGUACCGUUGGAUCUCAGCAGAGGCCUUCCUUCUCCAGAACAAAGCCCGGGAUCUAUAGAGGAGUCUCUAGAUAAUCCCCGCAUGGAUCUGUGUAACAAGCUAAAACGAAGUAUUCAAAGAGCUGUCCUAGAGUCUGCACCUGUGGACCGAGCAGGAGUGGAAAGUUCCCCAGUGGCAGACAGCACGGACCUUUCACCUUGCCGAUCACCCUCCACUCCUCAGCACCUCCGCUAUCGUCAGCCUGUAGGACAGACAGCCGACAACUCCCUCUGCUCUGUUUCGCCGGCGUCUGCUUUUGCAAUUGCCACAGCGGCUGCAGGCCACGGAAGUCCACCAGGAUUUAACAACACUGAGAGGACGUGUGACAAAGAAUUUAUUAUUCGGAGAACAGCCACCAAUCGAGUGCUGAAUGUCCUCCGUCACUGGGUCUCAAAGCAUGCACAGGAUUUUGAACUCAACAACGAACUAAAGAUGAAUGUCCUCAAUUUGCUAGAAGAAGUUUUGCGAGACCCAGACCUUCUUCCCCAGGAAAGGAAAGCCACGGCAAAUAUCCUGAGGGCCCUUUCCCAAGAUGAUCAAGAUGACAUCCACCUAAAAUUAGAGGAUAUAAUUCAACUGACAGACUGUCCGAAGGCUGAGUGCUUUGAGACCUUGUCAGCCAUGGAGCUGGCUGAGCAGAUCACCCUCCUGGACCACAUCGUCUUCAGAAGCAUUCCCUACGAAGAAUUUCUUGGGCAGGGGUGGAUGAAGCUGGAUAAAAAUGAAAGAACACCUUACAUUAUGAAAACCAGCCAGCACUUCAAUGAUAUGAGUAACCUGGUGGCCUCCCAGAUAAUGAAUUAUGCCGAUGUCAGCUCCCGUGCCAACGCGAUAGAGAAGUGGGUGGCCGUGGCGGACAUUUGUCGCUGCCUGCACAACUACAAUGGAGUGCUGGAGAUCACCUCAGCCUUAAACAGAAGCGCCAUCUACAGGCUGAAGAAAACCUGGGCCAAGGUGUCUAAGCAGACAAAAGCUCUCAUGGACAAGCUUCAGAAAACUGUUUCAUCUGAAGGAAGAUUUAAAAAUCUCAGAGAAACCCUUAAAAACUGUAACCCCCCAGCUGUUCCUUAUCUGGGGAUGUACCUGACAGACCUGGCAUUUAUUGAAGAGGGAACACCAAACUUUACCGAAGAAGGCCUUGUUAAUUUCUCCAAGAUGAGAAUGAUAUCACACAUCAUCAGAGAGAUACGCCAAUUCCAGCAGACUUGCUAUCGAAUAGACCAUCAGCCAAAGGUCACUCAGUACCUGCUUGACAAAGCCCUCAUCAUAGAUGAAGAUACGCUGUAUGAACUGUCACUAAAAAUUGAACCUCGGCUCCCUGCUUGAAGGUCUGGCUUCGCCCCUGAGUCUGUAGACAUCUCCUGGAAAGCGGGCCGGACGGAACUGUGCAUGCCAUGCUUCCCACAGCGCCGUGAGGACCGGGGACGGAGACCAAGCCAGUCUCCUUCGUGCACCGAAGAGGAUGGAACGGACCUGGAAUUCUGUCUCCAGCCAGGGAAGCCCAGCUGUUUGGGGUCAAAGACAGAUGCUUUCAGACUUGGGGUGGGAAGGAGAAAAGAUUGAUCCUCAGUAGAGCUGAUGGUGCAUUUUUCAUGAGGGAAUGUAAUAUAGGAGAUGCUGGGAGGCAUUUUAAGGAAGCAGGUAAGAAGGUCGGUUUCCGAGUCCGCCCGGGCUCUGUUAGAGCUCGCGGACAAGGAUCCUGGA